AUGUUAUGUUCAAAUAUUAUAAAUUUUGAUGGCAGGUAUCGAAUCACACCAGAGCGCUACGAGUACAUGGGCACAACACGUGACGAUUCUAGUGAAGUCGUAGCUCCAGAAACCCGAAGAUUGUCCGAAAAAGCAGUUGAUCUACGGAUGGGAGUUGCGAGUUUUUGCAAAGCAUUUCCCUGGCAUUUUGUUGUGGAUCGAAAGCUUGAAAUAGUGCAACUUGGGGUCGGAUUCAUGCGCAUCUUCGGUCACAAUCUCAAUAGACUUGGUCGUGAAAUAUCGACGUAUUUUGUAUUCACGCGACCUCGUGGUGUUACACUUACAUUUCAUGAGAUUUUAAAACGUGCGAAUACACCCUUUGUAUUGGCGCUGCAGAAGCCACCGGGUGCUGAUAAAUUUCCGGCUGAGGGACUGGAAUUGAAGGGUCAAAUGGUGUUCUGUUCAGAAUCAGAAUCAAUUUUAUUCGUCAGUUCGCCGUUUCUCAAUGGUCUGGACGGUCUCACAGGACGAGGUCUAUUUAUUUCGGACAUUCCGCUUCAUGACGCCACAAGGGACGUCAUUUUAGUUGGCGAACAAGCUAGGGCUCAGGACGGGUUGAGACGACGUAUGGACAAAUUGAAAAGUUCUAUUGAGGAGGCUAACCGUGCUGUCGACGCUGAGAGGGAAAAAAAUGUUAGUUUACUACAUCUUAUAUUUCCACCUGAUAUUGCUAAACGACUUUGGCUCGGCGAAACGAUCGAGGCAAAGACCUACCCGGAUGUUACGAUGCUCUUCAGUGAUAUAGUAGGAUUCACCGCAAUAUGCUCCACCGCCACACCAAUGAUGGUUAUCAAUAUGCUACAGAAUCUAUACGAACGUUUUGAUCAGUAUUGCGGUCAAUUGGAUGUCUAUAAGGUCGAAACAAUAGGGGAUGCUUACUGUGUCGCUUGCGGUUUACACAGAAAUACGAGCACACAUGCGCAACAAAUAGCCUGGAUGGGUUUAAAAAUGAUCCAGACAUGUUCCAAGCAUUUGACACACGAAGGAAAACCCAUUAAGAUGAGAAUUGGAAUUCAUACUGGGAUGGUGCUAGCUGGAGUAGUUGGUAAAAAGAUGCCAAGAUAUUGUCUCUUUGGACACAACGUCACUAUUGCUAACAAAUUUGAAUCAACUAGUGAACCGUUGCGGGUUAAUGUCAGUCCAACAACUUAUGAACAUCUCAUCAAAACACCAGGAUUUAUCCUAGAAAAAAGAUCUCGAGAUAAUCUUCCGAAAGAAAUUCCAUCAAGUGAACCAGGCACUUGUCAUUUUCUCAAUGGUUAUCACCAUCCAGGCGUCGAUGAAAGUAACCCACUGGAUGCUCAUAUUCAAGCAGCCGUUACCGAGUAUGAUAUUACUUGUGGCAUGUAG